UCCUGAGGAAAGAUGGCUGCGUGUGCCAUUCGGCGCGGUUUGUUGUCAACUGUUAGUAAAUGUAAUAGAAAACGUGCACUCAGAAUACUAAGUGUGAUUGAAUAUAACACUGGACUUGAACUAAAUAGACUCCGCUUGCAAUGUUCGUCCUGUGGCUUGUUCAACUUCCAGCAGACGAGGUUCAUGUCGUCACGAAACAGGCCUGAAGGAAAAGUUCUGGAAGCUGUGGGAGUGUUUGAGGCCCCGAAGCAUCAUGGCAAAUAUGAGACCGGCCAGCUUUUCCUCCACAGUGUGUUUGGCUACAGAGGGAUCGUGUUAUUUCCCUGGCAUGCACGUCUUUAUGACCGUGAUGUCACCCCUCCCACUUCUGAAAGCAAGCAAGACCCCCCUGGAUCACACGGGUCUAAAGAGGUGAAGGGCAAAACACACACAUACUACCAGGUCUUGAUUGACACCCGGGACUGCCCUCACAUAUCUCAGCGGUCUCAGACGGAAGCGGUGACGUUCCUGGCCAAUCAUGAUGACAGCAGGGCCCUGUACGCCAUUCCAGGUCUGGACUAUGUUAGUCAUGAAGACAUCCUACCCUACAACUCCACAGAACAGAUCCCCAUUCAGCACGAACUAUUUGAGCGUUUUCUCAUGUACAACCCAGCCAAAAAUCCCCCUUUCAGUGCGAGAGACACCCUGCAGGCGUGGCAAGAGAAGAACCAUCCCUGGCUGGAGCUGUCGGACGUCCACCGGGAGACCACAGAGAACAUCCGCGUCACUGUCAUUCCUUUCUACAUGGGCAUGAGGGAAGCUCAAAAUUCACAUGUGUAUUGGUGGAGAUAUUGUAUCCGUCUGGAGAACAUGGGCGAUGAAGUGGUUCAGCUGAGAGAGAGACACUGGAGGAUUUUUAGUCUCUCAGGAACCUUGGAAACAGUCAGGGGACGAGGAGUCGUUGGUAGGGAGCCUGUGCUGUCAAAAGAGCAGCCAGCGUUUCAGUAUAGCAGUCACGUUUCUCUGCAAGCACCCAGCGGACACAUGUGGGGGACAUUCCGCAUCGAGAGGACCGAUGGCUCCCACUUUGACGUGCGCAUUCCACCCUUCUCUCUGGAGAGCAACAAGGACGACAAGGCGCCCCCUGCUGGCUACUCUUUCUGACCCAGCCCCUGCACACACAGCACCACACCUGCAGCCAACAGUAGUCCUGCAAACACCUCUCCUUUAUCUGUUGCUCCGGUGAGGCUUCAGUGCUAUCAGAUGUCGCAACGCUUGCCCUUGAUCUUUAAGUAAUCUGAUUUGUUUCAAGAUUUCAAUGGUGAUAUAACUCUUAGCCAGUACUGUUAGCCAUGGCUUAUCACACAUUGAUGCUUUCAAAAAGAACAAAGUGGGGAAGUUUGUGUGGCCGCUGAGGUUCCAGCUAAUGUGACAUUUAGCUGUCCUGAUGGUCAGGAUGAGCUAGAAGAGGGUUGAAAGAUGAACAAUUUUGUGAAUUAAAAGCCAGAAUUCUGGGUGGUUCCUUCAGUUUUUAUUUAUACCUGUCAGGAAAGCAGACUGAUCCCAGUGGAAGCUUUAUUUAUAUAUAUAUAUAU